AGUCUGUGUCAGGACUUCGCGUUCCCCCGUCUCUCCCUCGCUCCCUCGCUCCCUCUCGCUCUCUCUCACUCUCUCCUCUCACACACACGCAGAGGUGCCGGAGCGAAAUCGGGAGCUUACCGGAGAAUUCCUCGGGAUUGUUGGGGGGCGUCCCCCCUCUGCUGCUCUGCGUGGCGGGGCUCUUCCCGGCUCCUCUCUGCUUCCCGGAGCCCGAGUCCGCGCGGCCAGCUUUGCGUGGGGCAGCGGCCACGGCUCAGCCCCGGCCGGGAGCUCCGACAUGUGAGGAGGGGCGGCCGCCGCCUCCCGCCCCAGGCCGCAGGGUCGGCGCGAGGGAUGCCAGUGGGGCCGGGCGCCCGGCGGGCUGCGGGGCUGCGCCGGACACACUGAGCUGGCCUGCCGGCGCCCGCCCGCCGCCUCGAGGGGACUCCCCAGUCCGCGCACCUCUGUCAGGCUUCUGCCUCCACCACCCCUUUCGCUCUGAUUCCCGAUUUUUUUUUCCUAAGGGAGCGUGCGGUCUGGGGGUGUGUGCGUGUGUGUGAAAGACCUCUCUCGUGGAGCGGCGUGUGGGAAACUACGGGAAAAUGUUGACUUAACCCCAGGAGCCGCCCGGCUCUGGCUGCUCGGCUGGAGGCGGCGGCGGCCGAACAGGAGGACGCGCCGAGCCGCCGCGCGGUGUCCGGCCGGGGAACCGGGGAGCCGCGGCGCCGCCUCCCGCGCGGACUCGGCGGCCGGCGACCCGCUCUCGGCCGACCUCGGCCCUCUCUGGCCCGGGUCCCCGCGCGGCCCCCGCGCCAGACGGCCCUCCCCCGGGGCGCGUUCGCAGACGGAGAUAUGAAGAUCAAUGAUGCAGCCUGCUGGUUUUGAUGAAGCUGGGCAUUUAUAACUAGAUUCAUUAAGGAAUACAAAGAAAAUAUUUAAAGGGAUCAAUAAUGGUGUCUUCUGGUUGCAGAAUGCGAAGUCUGUGGUUUAUCAUUGUAAUCAGCUUCUUACCGAAUACAGAAGGUUUCAGCAGAGCAGCUUUACCAUUUGGGCUGGUGAGGCGAGAAUUAUCCUGUGAAGGUUAUUCUAUUGAUCUGCGAUGCCCGGGCAGUGAUGUCAUCAUGAUUGAGAGUGCUAACUAUGGUCGGACGGAUGACAAGAUUUGUGAUGCUGACCCAUUUCAGAUGGAGAAUACAGACUGCUACCUCCCCGAUGCCUUCAAAAUUAUGACUCAAAGGUGCAACAAUCGAACACAGUGUAUAGUAGUUACUGGGUCAGAUGUGUUUCCUGAUCCAUGUCCUGGAACAUACAAAUACCUUGAAGUCCAAUAUGAAUGUGUCCCUUACAUGGAGCAAAAAGUUUUUGUGUGUCCUGGGACCUUGAAAGCAAUUGUGGACUCACCAUGUAUAUAUGAAGCUGAACAAAAGGCGGGUGCUUGGUGCAAGGACCCUCUUCAGGCUGCAGAUAAAAUUUAUUUCAUGCCCUGGACUCCCUAUCGUACUGAUACUUUAAUAGAAUAUGCUUCUUUAGAAGAUUUUCAAAAUAGUCGCCAAACAACAACAUAUAAACUUCCAAAUCGAGUAGAUGGUACUGGAUUUGUGGUAUAUGAUGGUGCUGUCUUCUUUAACAAAGAAAGAACAAGGAAUAUUGUGAAAUUUGACUUGAGGACUAGAAUUAAGAGUGGCGAGGCCAUAAUUAACUAUGCCAACUACCAUGAUACCUCACCAUACAGAUGGGGAGGAAAGACUGAUAUCGACCUAGCAGUUGAUGAAAAUGGCUUAUGGGUCAUUUAUGCCACUGAACAGAACAAUGGAAUGAUAGUUAUUAGCCAGCUGAAUCCAUACACUCUUCGAUUUGAAGCAACGUGGGAGACUGUAUACGACAAACGUGCUGCAUCAAAUGCUUUUAUGAUUUGUGGAGUCCUCUAUGUGGUUAGGUCAGUUUAUCAAGACAAUGAAAGUGAAACAGGCAAGAAUGCAAUUGAUUACAUUUACAAUACCCGAUUAAACCGAGGUGAAUAUGUGGAUGUUCCCUUCCCCAACCAAUAUCAGUAUAUUGCUGCAGUGGAUUACAAUCCAAGAGAUAACCAACUUUACGUGUGGAACAAUAACUUCAUUUUACGGUAUUCUCUGGAGUUUGGUCCACCAGAUCCUGCCCAAGUGCCUACCACAGCUGUGACAAUAACUUCUUCAGCUGAGCUGUUCAAAACCACAGCAUCAACCACAAGCACUACUUCACAGAAAGGCCCCAUGAGCACAACUGUAGCUGGAUCACAGGAAGGAAGCAAAGGGACAAAACCACCUCCAGCACUUUCUACAACCAAAAUUCCACCUGUAACAAAUAUUUUUCCCCUGCCAGAGAGAUUCUGUGAAGCGUUAGACUCCAGGGGGAUAAAGUGGCCUCAGACACAAAGGGGAGUGAUGGUUGAACGACCAUGCCCCAAGGGAACAAGAGGAACUGCUUCAUAUCUCUGCAUGGUUUCCACUGGAACAUGGAACCCUAAGGGCCCCGAUCUUAGCAAUUGUACUUCACACUGGGUGAAUCAGCUGGCUCAGAAGAUCAGAAGUGGAGAAAAUGCUGCUAGUCUUGCCAAUGAACUGGCUAAACAUACCAAAGGGCCAGUGUUUGCUGGGGAUGUAAGUUCUUCAGUGAGAUUGAUGGAGCAGUUGGUGGACAUUCUUGAUGCACAGCUGCAGGAACUGAAACCUAGUGAAAAAGAUUCAGCUGGACGGAGUUAUAACAAGCUCCAAAAACGAGAGAAGACAUGCAGGGCUUACCUUAAGGCAAUUGUUGACACAGUGGACAACCUUCUGAGACCUGAAGCUUUGGAAUCCUGGAAACAUAUGAAUUCUUCUGAACAAGCACAUACUGCAACAAUGUUACUCGAUACAUUGGAAGAAGGAGCUUUUGUCCUAGCUGACAAUCUUUUAGAACCAACAAGGGUCUCAAUGCCCACAGAAAAUAUUGUCCUGGAAGUUGCUGUACUCAGUACAGAAGGACAGAUCCAAGACUUUAAAUUUCCUCUGGGCAUCAAAGGUGCAGGCAGCUCAAUCCAACUCUCUGCAAAUACCGUCAAACAGAACAGCAGGAAUGGGCUUGCAAAGUUGGUGUUUAUCAUUUACCGGAGUCUGGGACAGUUCCUUAGUACAGAAAAUGCAACCAUUAAACUGGGUGCUGACUUUAUUGGCCGUAAUAGCACCAUUGCAGUGAAUUCCCACGUCAUUUCAGUUUCAAUCAAUAAAGAGUCCAGCCGAGUAUACCUGACUGAUCCUGUGCUUUUCACCCUGCCACACAUUGAUCCUGACAAUUAUUUCAAUGCAAACUGCUCCUUCUGGAACUACUCAGAGAGAACUAUGAUGGGAUAUUGGUCUACCCAGGGCUGCAAGCUGGUCGACACUAAUAAAACUCGGACAACAUGUGCAUGCAGCCACCUAACCAAUUUUGCAAUUCUCAUGGCCCACAGGGAAAUUGCAUAUAAAGAUGGAGUUCAUGAAUUACUUCUUACAGUGAUCACCUGGGUGGGAAUUGUCAUUUCCCUUGUUUGUCUGGCUAUCUGCAUCUUCACCUUCUGCUUUUUCCGUGGCCUACAGAGCGACCGAAAUACUAUUCACAAGAACCUUUGCAUCAACCUUUUCAUUGCUGAAUUUAUUUUCCUAAUAGGCAUUGAUAAGACAAAAUAUGCGAUUGCAUGCCCAAUAUUUGCAGGACUUCUGCACUUUUUCUUUUUGGCGGCUUUUGCUUGGAUGUGCCUAGAAGGUGUGCAGCUCUAUCUAAUGUUAGUUGAAGUUUUUGAAAGUGAAUAUUCAAGGAAAAAAUAUUACUAUGUUGCUGGUUACUUGUUUCCCGCCACAGUGGUUGGAGUUUCAGCUGCUAUUGACUAUAAGAGCUAUGGAACAGAAAAAGCUUGCUGGCUUCAUGUUGAUAACUACUUUAUAUGGAGCUUCAUUGGACCUGUUACAUUCAUUAUUCUGCUAAAUAUUAUCUUCCUGGUGAUCACAUUGUGCAAAAUGGUGAAGCAUUCAAACACUUUGAAACCAGAUUCUAGCAGGUUGGAAAACAUUAAUAAUUACCGUGUUUGUGAUGGCUACUAUAAUACGGACUUACCUGGCUAUGAAGAUAAUAAGCCAUUUAUCAAGUCUUGGGUGCUUGGCGCUUUUGCUCUUCUGUGUCUUCUUGGCCUCACCUGGUCAUUUGGGUUGCUUUUUAUUAAUGAGGAGACUAUUGUGAUGGCCUAUCUCUUCACCAUAUUUAAUGCUUUCCAGGGAGUGUUCAUUUUCAUCUUCCACUGUGCUCUCCAAAAGAAAGUAAGAAAAGAAUAUGGCAAGUGCUUCAGACACUCAUACUGCUGUGGAGGCCUCCCAACUGAGAGUCCCCACAGUUCAGUGAAGGCAUCAACCACCAGAACCAGUGCUCGGUAUUCCUCUGGCACACAGAGUCGUAUAAGAAGAAUGUGGAAUGACACUGUGAGAAAACAGUCUGAAUCUUCUUUUAUCUCAGGUGACAUCAAUAGCACUUCAACACUUAAUCAAGGAAUGACUGGCAAUUACCUACUAACAAACCCUCUUCUUCGACCCCACGGCACUAACAACCCCUAUAACACAUUGCUCGCUGAAACAGUUGUAUGUAAUGCCCCUUCAGCUCCUGUAUUUAACUCACCAGGACAUUCACUGAACAAUGCCAGGGAUACAAGUGCCAUGGAUACUCUACCGCUAAAUGGUAAUUUUAACAACAGCUACUCGCUGCGCAAGGGUGACUAUAGUGACAGCGUGCAAGUUGUGGACUGUGGACUAAGUCUGAAUGAUACUGCUUUUGAGAAAAUGAUCAUUUCAGAAUUAGUGCACAACAACUUACGGGGCAGCAGCAAGACUCACAACCUUGAGCUCACGCUACCAGUCAAACCUGUGAUUGGAGGUAGCAGCAGUGAAGAUGACGCUAUUGUGGCAGAUGCUUCAUCUUUAAUGCACAGCGACAACCCAGGGCUGGAACUCCAUCACAAAGAACUGGAGGCCCCGCUUAUUCCUCAGCGGACUCACUCCCUUCUGUACCAACCCCAGAAGAAAGUGAAGUCCGAGGGAACUGACAGCUAUGUCUCCCAGCUGACAGCAGAGGCUGAAGAUCACCUACAGUCCCCCAACAGAGACUCUCUUUAUACAAGCAUGCCGAAUCUCAGAGACUCUCUCUAUCCAGAGAGCAGCCCUGACAUGGAAGAAGACCUCUCUCCCUCCAGGAGGAGUGAGAAUGAGGACAUUUACUAUAAAAGCAUGCCAAAUCUUGGAGCUGGCCAUCAGCUUCAGAUGUGCUACCAGAUCAGCAGGGGCAAUAGUGAUGGUUAUAUAAUCCCCAUUAACAAAGAAGGGUGUAUUCCGGAAGGAGAUGUUAGAGAAGGACAAAUGCAGCUGGUUACAAGCCUUUAAUCAUACAGCUAAGGAAUUCCAAGGGCCACAUGCAAGUGUUAAUAAAUACAUACGUAAAGACUCCAUUGGCCUGACGCAGCUCCCUCAAACUUUGCUUGAAGAGAUGACUCUGUUGACCUGUGGUUCUCCAGUGUAAAAAACAUGACUGAACCUUGCAGUUCUGUGAAUUUUUAUAAAACAUACAAAAACUUUGUAUAUACACAGAGUAUACUAAAAUGAAUUAUUUGUUACAAAGAAAAGAGAUGCCAACCAGGUAUUUUAAGAUUCUGCUGCUGUUUAGAGAAAUUGUGAAACAAGCAAAACUUUUCAGCCAUUUUACUGCAGCAGUCUGUGAACUAAAUUUGUAAAUAUGGCUGCACCAUUUUUUGUAGGCCUGCAUUGUAUUAUAUACAAGACGUAGGCUUUAAAAUCCUGUGGGACAAAUUUACUGUACCUUACUAUUCCUGACAAGACUUGGAAAAGCAGGAGAGAUAUUCUGCAUCAGUUUGCAGUUCACUGCAAAUCUUUUACAUUAAGGCAAAGAUUGAAAACAUGCUUAACCACUAGCAAUCAAGCCACAGGCCUUAUUUCAUAUGUUUCCUCAACUGUACAAUGAACUAUUCUCAUGAAAAAUGGCUAAAGAAAUUAUAUUUUGUUCUAUUGCUAGGAUAAAAUAAAUACAUUUGUGUCCAACUGAAAUAUAAUUGUCAUUAAAAUAAUUUUAAAGAGUGAAGAAAAUAUUGUGAAAAGCUCUUGGUUGCACAUGUUAUGAAAUGUUUUUUCUUAUACUUUGUCAUGGUAAGUUCUACCCAUUUUCACUUCUUUUCCACUGUAUACAGUGUUCUGCUUUGACAUUAUUACUUACAUUUAAAUUUCGUAUUGCCAAAAGAACGUGUUUUAUGGGGAGGAAAAAAAAAAAAACUUUUUUGAAGCCAGUUAUGCCAUGCCUUGCACAAAAGUGGUGAAAUCUAGGAAAGAUUGUGUGUCACUCCUCUGUUUAUUCUUGAACAGAGAGCAAAGAGGGCACUGGGCACUUCUCACAAACUUUCUGGUGAACAAAAGGUGCCUAUUCUUUUUUUAAAAAAAAAUAAAAUAAAACAUAAAUAUUACUCUUCCAUAUUCCUUCUGCCUAUAUUUAGUAAUUAAUUUAUUUUAUGAUAAAAUUCUAAUGAAAUGUAAAUUGUUUCAGCAAAAUUCUGCUUUUCUUUUCAUCCCUUUGUGUAAACCUGUUAAUAAUGAGCCCAUCACUAAUAUCCAGUGUAAAGUUUAACACGGUUUGACAGUAAAUAAAUGUGAAUUUUUUCAAGUAGU